AUGGCAGGUAAAGAGACGGUUUCAAAGUCCAUGCUGGAUGUGGUGUCGACUCCUGCAGAGGAGGACCAGGACCGCAAUGCACCGGUCGCCUUGGACUCAGAGUCAGCCAGUGAGUCCGAUGACGGCAAGAAAGCACCGCCGCUACUGGCGAAGCUGUUCGCUGUACUGUUGAUUUCCUGCAUCAGCUUUGGGUCGCAUUGGAGCUCGGGCGUGACGGGUGCUAUGAAGAGCACGAUUAAGAAGGAGAUGCAUAUUAACAAUGUGCAGUUCUCGCUCUUGGAAGCGAGCGAGGAUUUUAUGGCGACAGUUCUGCUUAUUCCCAGUGGUUUGGUGACUGAUAGGGUUGGAGGCGCUGAAAUGAUCGUGUACGGAAACAUUGUUUAUACCAUCGGGUCGAUCCUGGUUGCUGCUGCUACCACUGUACGUUCCUUUAACUUCAUGAUCGGCGGAAGAGUCAUCCUGGCGCUGGGGGAUAUCGCCACGCAGAUCGCGCAAUAUAAGAUGUUUUCUUCCUGGUUCGCUCCCAGUAAUGGGUUUGCGUCGACGCUUGGGUUUGAAUUGGCAAUUGGGAAGAUUGGCGGGUUUGUUGGUACAUCCACGGCCAACGUAAUUGCAAAGAAAACUGGCAACUUCGCCUGGGUCUUCUGGACAGCCGUGUUCAUGAAUAUUUUCACCAAUGCAGCCACAGCCGUGUUCUGGUUGUUCAGUCGGUAUUGCAGCCAGAAUUACAACGGACGUCGCGAUACUGCGACCAACGAAGAAUUAACCGAGCGAAACAAGAAAUUCGAGCUCCAGAAGGUCUUCCAGCUGCCGUGGAUGUUCUGGGCUGUGUUGGCCUUCUCGUUGUUCCAGACGAGCACGGCUAUAACUUUCACCCAGAAUGCGACGGAGCUGGCGGAGCAGCGAUUUGAUGUCGACUCGAUCAAGGCUGGAUGGUACAGUUCCUUGUCGCAAUAUGCAGGUUUCUUCCUCGUUCCUUGCAUAGGUGUCUUCAUUGAUGUUCUCGGCCAACGUGCCUCUGUCUUAUUCACCUGCGGGUUGGGUAUGUUGUUGAGUAUGGUGCUUCUCAAUUUCACACCGUCCCGAGCAGGCACCGGAGCAUCCUUUGGCAUAUAUGCGAUCGCCCUGUCGAUGGGCCCAGCGUCCAUUAUCGACAGUAUCCGUACCACUCUCUGGCACCAAUCUGUCUUUGGUUCUGCCUACUCGCUCAAAGUCACCAUGAACAAUGCGCAAGUCGCCAUGAACAUCAUCAUUCGGAUCAUCACCGGUGCGCUGCAAGAUGCAGAUGAUAACUCAUACCGACGGGUGGUCCAGGUCUAUCUCUUCCUCGCCGCUGCCUCCCUUGUUGUCGGCUCUGCAAUCUUGCUGGGUUCUUUCUUGACGGACUAUCUCGGCCUCUUACAAUGGACGCGACACAAACGCCUAAGGUCGGGUGCUGUGAUCAUCAAGGGUCUCAAAGAGCACAGCCUUGUGGUGCAUGCCCAGCGCACUCGGCGCGUGUCCAUCGGAUGCUUCACAGCCCUGCUGCUCCUGAUAGUUGGAGGAUGGGUGGCGUAUAUCUGGGGUGCCGUGACCGGCCACAACUCGUAG